AUGGAAGAGGCAGUUGAGUCCGGGUCUCCGACACCCACGCAACAGAGCCCGAUGCCGACCGCAAUAGAGAGCUCGGAUUUGUCCAGUCCCGAAGAGCAUGGGCAUGCGCUCAGCGACACAACAGAUGAACCUCAUCUCGUUAUUCGCUUGAUUCAAUGUCAUCACUGUGCCCGGCCCUUGCGCACUCCGCUCCGACUUCCGUGCGGUAAUACUGUGUGUCGAGAAUGCUUACCCCCCAUCCGACAGCGAACUGGUAUUACAUACCCCGUAGCUGAGGGAAGGGAGCAAGGAUUUACAUGUUAUUGGCAAGGGACGGAUCGAUGCGCUGGGGAACAUUGUGUUGGCGAUUGUGGCGUUGACGUUCUGCUUGGGAAGCUGGCAGUUGUUUUUAGGGAUGUGCUGGCCGGGUCAGACAACAUCUCUCGAGAUAUUUCAGAUGCAGAUGAUCGAAGCCUGCUAUGGGGAUCCAGUAAGAAUGGUAGGGAUGGAUGUGUGCAGUUGAAGUGUCAUGGUUGGUUAGAGGGCAUUUACGCAUUGGCACUAGAAGGUCGGUUCCCCUCUGAUGCGUCUGAGGUGGUCUAUGAAGACUCCCAGCUCUUAAACGGACACGCUCAAUUACGAGAUAUCGUUCAAGACCAGACGUUGCGGGAGAGCCUACGUGCUGAGCUUGACUGCCAGGUCUGCUAUUCUCUCAUCCUUGACCCGAUGACUACUCCUUGCGGCCACACCUUCUGCCAGAAAUGUGUCGCACGAGUGCUGGACCAUACUGAUCUGUGUCCAAUCUGUCGCCGAAAGCUUGGGAUGCCAACUUCGUUGAAGGAAGAGCCUAUGAACAGGGCUGUAGCGCGCCUGAUCGAUCAGCUCUUCCCUGACCAGGUCGCUAUUCGGCGGGCAACUGUCGCGCAGGAUGAGAUGGGCACCGACCUGGACAAGAAUUUGCCACUUUUCGUGUGCACACUGUCAUUCCCUACAAUGCCUACUUUCCUUCAUGUCUUUGAGGCUCGGUAUCGGCUUAUGAUUCGACGAGUUGUGGAAAAUGGAAAUGGGAAGUUCGGUAUGGUCAUGGUGAACCGUCGUGGUCGGACCCAGCCAGGACAGCCCGAGAAUGAUCCAUUUAUGCAGUAUGGGACACUCUUGAUGAUUGAACGAUAUGAGUUACUUCCAGAUGGUCGUAGCCUUGUGGUGGCUACAGGUAUUUCGCGGUUCAAGAUCCUUGACUCGUCAAUGCUCGAUGGGUAUUAUAUUGCUAAAACAGAACGCGUGGAUGAUAUCUCGCUCGCAGAGGAAGAGCGACUCGAGUCGAUGGAGACCUCGGCAGAAAGCACGGGGUUCUCGCCAGAAGGCAAUACCCUCGAGCCUUCAUUAGACUCUUUGUCAACUCAGCAGCUCCUGCUCACAGCAAGAGAAUUUCUCACCAACCAACGCAGAUCAGGUGCACCUUGGUUACAUCCGCGCGUCAUGCUGGCAUAUGGACCCAUUCCCACAGAUGCAUCCCGCUUUCCUUGGUGGUUUGCUAGCAUCAUGCCUAUCUCCGAAGAAGAGAAAUACCGCAUUCUCACAGCAAUGAGCGUUCGAGAGAGACUGAAGAUCUCGGCAAGAUGGGCAAGGCAACUUGAAUCUCGGGACUGGUUGGUUCAGGCGUUACCCUCAACUUUUGCUUCUUGA